CUUUCUUUCUUUAAGGAAAAAGAUUCAUUCAUUUAUUUCUUUUGCAUGAACAAACAUAUCAUUCAUUUCAUUCUUUCAGACUAGACAAAUAAAACCAGCUCUCCAUUCGAUUUAAAACACUCACAAAAGAUCUUCCAGUCGAUUUAAAAGGCGAAAAGGAUUAGAAAUCAUUUAUAAACAAUGACGCUAAAAAGGAACACUUACUCGAAGAAAAACUCGUUCGGCCGUUCUGAUUUUCCUGAGGGUUUCCUCUUUGGGACAGCCUCAUCGGCUUACCAAUAUGAAGGAGCUAUAAAUGAAGCUCCUCGUGGAGAAAGUGUUUGGGAUACAUUUGUUCGCAAGUAUCCAGAGAGAAAUUGCUACUCUAACGCAGACCAAGCGGUCGAGUUCUAUAACCAUUACAAGGAAGACAUUCAGAGAAUGAAGGAUAUUAACAUGGAUGCUUUUAGAUUCUCAAUCUCGUGGCCUCGAAUUUUGCCUCGUAAGUUCUUAACUCAUAUGUAUAACACCAUUUUCUUGAUUAAACGCAUAUUAAGGGGAGAGUUUUCAAAUAAUCCGGUAGAGACUAAUCCUUGUUUUUUUCUCAUUUUUUUCCCAAAAAUAGUUGGAAAGAAAAGCAAGGGCGUGAACCAAGAAGGAAUCAAUUUUUACAACGAUCUCAUCGAUGAACUCUUAGCUAACGGAAUUACACCUCUUGCUACUUUAUUCCAUUGGGAUACUCCUCAAGCCCUUGAAGAUGAAUACAACGGAUUUCUAAACGAAGAAGCUGUCAAUGACUUCAAAGAUUUUGCGGCCUUAUGUUUCGAAGAAUUUGGAGACCGUGUGAAAUUGUGGGUUACACUAAACGAGCCAUGGGUCUAUAGCAUUGGUGGCUAUGACACAGGAAGAAAAGCUCCUGGACGUGCCUCCAAGUACAUGAACGAAGCAGCUGUAGCUGGAGAAUCUGGCCUCGAGGUGUAUACCGUUAGUCACAAUCUACUUCUUGCUCACGCAGAAGCCGUUGAAGUCUUUAGAAACAAUCCAAAAUGUAAAGAUGGCAAGAUUGGUAUCGCGCAUUGUCCCGUAUGGUUUGAGCCUUAUGACUCAAACUGCCCUGAUGACAAAGAAGCAUGUGAAAGAGCCAUGGAAUUCAUGUUUGGAUGGCACAUGGAUCCAACGGUGUACGGAGAUUACCCAGAAGUGAUGAAGAAAUCGAUCGGGAAAAGAUUACCCUCGUUUACCGCAGCCCAAUCCAAGAAGCUAAGAGGUUCUUUUGACUUCGUUGGAGUGAAUUAUUACAGUGCUUUCUACGUUAAAAGUAUUGCUGAAGUGGACCAUAACACUCCCAAUUGGAGAUCAGACGCACGCAUCGAAUGGAGAAAACAAAACAAAGCAGGACAGACGUUGGGAGUAAGAGGUGGUUCAGAAUGGGACUUUCUGUACCCACAAGGGCUUAGAAAGUUUCUAAACUAUGCUAAGAAUAAAUAUGAAAGCCCUAAAUUCAUGAUCACUGAAAACGGACAUUGUGAUAUAGAUUACGAGAAAAAGCCAAAGCUUUCUAACUUGAUGGAUCUCCAAAGGACAGAGUACCACAAGAAACAUCUCCAAAGCAUCCAACAAGCCAUCCAGGAGGAUGGUGUUGAAGUGGAAGGAUACUUUGCGUGGUCAUUAUUAGACAACUGCGAAUGGAACGCUGGUUAUGGAGUCCGAUAUGGCCUUUUCUACGUCGAUUACAAGAAUGGGCUAAAACGUUUUCCAAAAAUGUCUGCCAUGUGGUUCAAAGAGUUCUUGAAGAGAGAAGAAGAGAUGGGAGAUUCUGAUGAAGAAGAAUACUUGCUUAAUCUUGCAACAAAGAAGAAGAGAUUCUUAUUAGCAACUGGUUCGGCCUCGUGUUUUAUUCCUAAGAUGUCUGAAUCUUCUAAGGCCCUCGAGCUACUUUUCUAGAUUUAUUCGGUUUUAUAUUUGUUGUGUAAAAAGCUUUAAAGCAAAGCAAACUUUUUGUUUAUUAUCAUUCUUGGAUUCAAAUCAAUUAAUAUAGUACAAAAGUUUAAACAAUAGUGCAU